AUGGACCGCGCAAAUGGAGCCGGGCCUGGCGCUACUGCCGCCUCGAGGGCGCAACGGUUUGAGGAUGAAAAGCGCCGCAUAAUCGACAGCUGCUUUAGCAAGAAGGACACUGACGGCUCUCUUCUCGAGACCUACAUCACACACAUACGCACCACGGAGUAUUCCUCAUAUCCGUCAACCCCCCCGCCACCGCAAGCUCGUACGCCCGAAGCCGAGAAGGCCAGAGUCAUCAUUGUAGCAGUGCGCAAGUCAGGUCGCGUCCGCAUGCACAAGUCAAAGGAGAAUGCAAACGGAACCUUUUCCAUCGGAAAAACAUGGAACCUCGAUGACCUGACCGAUAUCGGGUCCUUCACCGGACCCCAGGUGAAGCCAAACUAUCGAGAAUGGGGAGGGGAUACCGGCUUUUUGGUGACUCUCGGCAAGCCGUACUACUGGCAGGCACAGACCGACAAAGAAAAGAAGUUCUUCAUUGCCAGCCUAAUCAAAAUUUAUGGAAAGUACACCGGUGGCAAGACACCCGAGCUGUCUGGUUUCGACCAAAGAGAGCUCGAUCAAGUGUUGGGGGCUGGACGACGACGGGCCGCAUCUCCGUCGCGACCUCCGCUGGAGCAAGUCCCUAGCCAGCAGAGCGCAACUUCGGGUUCGUCAGCACCAAGUAUUCCACCUGGUCCCCCCGCUCCGCCGUUGGCGCCACCGACUUCGAGCACGCCUGAUCCCGCCCGGUUCCAGAAGAGCCCGAUGGCGAUGCGGCCGCCCUUGAACGGUAGCAACUCACCUGCAGGUAGCUUUGACUCGGCAAUGUCAAGGGACCGUCCGGCUGAUCGCCCGGUUGAUCGCCCGGCUCCAAGAUGGACGACGAGCCAGGCAAAUAAGAGUCAGGAUUCUGUGGCCAACUCAUUCACGACUGCCAGAAGCGAGGAUACGUCUAGUCAACCCCCGCGCUCUCGAAACGGUAUGAAUGGAGCUGGAGCAUUUGGACGCUUCGGGGAUCCCCGAGAGCCGUUUGAACCUUCUCAAGAACCUAUUCCCACACCUCCCCAAGGACCGCUUCAAUCAGAUGGAAAGCCACCUCCCGAAAGACGACGCCCGCCAAUGGACCCCACCCGCCCUGAUGAUCGCGAUCUUGUCCCUCAGCCUCUGAACAGCCAAACACUAAGAAAGGAUCCCGUUGCUCCACCACCCAGAAGUGGUGAUAGAAUAUCGCCCAGAACCGACACCAGCCAACUGCCUCCAGGACCGCCAGCGCCGCCAUUGGACAACUCAAAGGCGGAGAGUAUAAAUUCCGAGACGCCCGAAUCAACCAAUAACUCUACCGCCUCAUUGUCAGUCACGACAUCUAACGAUGCUCUAUCUGUCCCGGGGGCCCCUCCCGAGCCCGGGGCAGACGCACGGCCAGGAUUAGGGCCCAUGAUCAGACAAAAGAAGUCAAAGGGCGACAUUGCCGGGGUGCUGUGGAAGGCUGCCACAGCUGCCUCGGCUUUUCGUCCUCGCCCAGGCGGUGCCGGAGAGCGUUUACGUCAGUUGCAAAUUAAACCUGACGGCCCUGACGGCAUCACUGGCGUCGUACCCGCGCCACCCCGACCCGUCACUCCUGACAUACCUAAGCCUUUUUCUGCUCCCGCGGAAACAUCAACUGGAAUCCCCAAUCCUGCUGCUGGCGAGUCUCCGGCUUCGACUCUGAAUUCAGCAGCAGUUCCAGAGGUGACGCUCACUGUCCCCAACGCCAAUCAGGCAGCGGCUGUUGAACCAGACAAAGCCAAGGAGCCCAAGACAGAGGAGCAUCUCAAAAAAGCCCCCAGAAGGUCCAUCGUGACAGGGAACGAUGCGAAGUAUCUCCAAAGUCUCGGUGUGGACCCUAAUCUUCUCGAUGACCGAAGUGAUGAGUUCAGUCAAUGGCUGGACUAUUUUGGCUGGGUACCCGGGCAGGAAAUGCGCUCUCGUUCGGCAGAGGAAAUAAAGGCAGAUGUGGAACGGGAAAUAAACAGGGCUCAAGCUGGUGGCUGGCUCGCCAGAUUUCAAGAGGAAGACGACCGAGUGGAAGCUAUCAAACGCGGCAUCGAUCUAGCCAUGGCAGAGUGUGAAGAGUUGGAGAACCUCCUCACUCUAUACUCUGUUGAACUUUCGACGCUGUCAGACGACAUCACGUACAUUGAAGCUCAGUGUCAAGGCCUUCAAGUGCAAACAGCAAAUCAAAAGCUUCUGAAGAAAGAAUUGGAAUCACUUCUGGAAACCUGUGCUAUUACUGCAGGAGACCUGGAGGCUCUGCGGCUCGCCCCGUUGGAGAACUCGCGGGGUCUAGAGGAUGUUGAGAGGGCCCUUGUGACGCUCUUCAAGGCCAUGAUCAAGAUCGAUCCUUCAUUGGGAGGCAUUGAACCAGCACCAAAAGCCCAAUCCGGCGCCAACCAACCUCCUGUUCUCAAUACCGACUACGGCAAUAUGAGAAUUGUGCGAGAAAAGAAGCAGAUGUACCUACAGCAUAGCGCAGUCUUCAUGAAACGGCUCAUUGAGUUCAUGGCUCGCCAGUUUGAUGAGGCGUGCGCCGGUUCAAAACGUGCGCUUGAAGGUGCUCUCUCCAAGAAGGUGGACUCAUCCCACUACGACGCUGGCCGAGAGUUGUUGUGGAAGUACGGCCCCCUGAUGCUAUAUGCACGAGACGUUGAUCUGAAUAAUUGGAAUCACCUCAUCCAAAUCUAUCAGGACAAGAGCCAUCCUCUGUACAAGGGCCAGUUCCAAAACGUCAUUAGUGUAUGGCGUAAGAAUGCAAGAAAAUCAACAGGAGAAGAGACCGAGUUGCUUUUCUCAUCGCAAGUCGAAAAACAACAAGAAGGUGUGGCAACUGCCGCCAGGAAGAUAACAGUGAAGCGCAGUCAGACCUUGGCCAGAGCUCUCCGGUCGCCGUUGGCAGACAGCGGUAGCCGAGCCACUCCAGAGAAGUCGCCCACCACCGACAGCAGAAGCUUUCCCUAUGAAGUCUUUGCCGGCGUGUUGGAUGACCUGUUGCCAUUGAUUGAGAUGGAGCAGAACUUCAUCAUCGACUUCUUCCAUGCGACGACCUUGGAGCAGGGGGAUUUCACUGAUGCUGUGGCCGCGAGCGCACCUCGAGACCGACGCGGGGGGGAUUUGAAGCGCCACCGUCUCAUGGAGCCAGAUCGUGACUUGGCACGAAGAGUGACUCGCUCCAUGGAGGUGAUAUUUGCCUUCCUCGAGUCUGAAUUACAGAGACUCAUGGAAUGGGUAGUUGGACAAGAUCCCUUACAAGGAGUUGGUGUUCUCGCAGUGCUGGAAAAGAAGCUGUCUGAAAUCAGCCAAUCUAACCAGGAUUACUUGAACACAUUACUGCAAAAGCUGCACAGUCUUCUGGAAGGUCGCUUCAGCAAGUUUGUGGAGGAGCAGAUCAAGGCUAUCGAAGAAACCAAGGUCAAGAUUAACAAGCGAAAAGGAGUCAUCUCAUUCUUCCGUGUCUUCCCUGCAUUCAUGACGGCGGUGGAAAACAUGAUGAGCGGGCUCGGUGGGAACUUGGCGCUUCGACGCAUGAUCGACCGAGAGUACGAUCGCAUUCUCAAGUCCAUGUUUGACUCGCUCAUGGUCAUCGCUCGAGAGCGGCCGGCUGUUGUGGGUGUGUCCACUGGCCCGGCUGAUCCUGAGGAUAAGGAAGCACUCAACUUCCACAUUUUGCUAAUCGAAAACAUGAAUCACUUCCUUGAGGAAACAGAUACGCGGGGCCUUGACGUGCUAGAGGAGUGGAAAGACCAAGCUAACACCGAGUAUCAUGAACAUAUGGACAUGUACCUGAGUGCCGUCAUCCGCAGGCCCCUUGGCAAGCUCCUGGACUACCUCGAGAACAUUGAGGCCCAGAUUCAGACGGGCAAAUCGCCUACGGCCAUUGCACGACAACCGUCCAACGACAAGGCCAUAUUCAACAAGAUUCUUGGGAGCUUUGAUUCAAAAGAGGUCCGCAAGGGGGUCGAGGCCCUACGCAAGCGUGUUGAGAAACACUUUGGCGACGCCGAUGAUCCUGCGCUCAGCCGUGCUCUAGUGGCAAAGGUGACGUCUGAAUGUGAGAAGUUUUACCUCAAUGUGGAAACCAGAAUUGGCCAGGUCACCACGGAUGUGUAUGGAGGCGACGUACCAUUUGAAUGGCCCAGAGCGGAUGUCAAGCUGGCCUUCAGAUGA